CUGCGCCUCGAUCAUGCCGCAACGCAUGUGUGUCAAUUCUUUCGUGAUAACACUGCAUUGAUAGGCUCUCAGAGCACUGGCAAACACCCCCCGCACACUGACUUAUGCAGGAGGCAUACAGUGAGACUCAUACUUAACAGCCUCACGAGUCACCUGGAGCGACAAGACCCCAAUCUUCAGUCAAUCACUCAAAAGCCUAGAGAACCGCAGUUCGCUCCACCCAGAAUGGCGCCCAAAAAGCCCUGCUUCAACUUCAAACGAGGUAGUUGCCACUACGGUGCCAAGUGCCAUUACAGCCAUGACACGAAAACGACUCAUGCAAGCUCAUCAAGCACCACGGAUACAAAACCUGUUAAAGAGACAGAAAUAGAAGAAACUUGCCGAAAAUGGAUCUACAUGAUUCCCAAAGCCAACAUGACCUCACGUUUCCAAGCUGUUGUGAACAUCGAAAAGUUCUUCCAGAUAGGCUGGAACAUCAUCGAGAGUGAAGAUGCAGGAACACGUCAGCGCGUCAUCACCAAGCUUGGUGAAGAGACGGGACUUGCAAUCAUCAAGACUCUGACUGACGGUAUGGACACCAACCAAAGGGAUGAAACCACCAUCUCAAUAUUCAGAGAUAAGGCUCUUCCUUUUUACCGGAUCAUCUCCCACCCCGAUGUACUGCACUCGCUAGUAUUGGAAACACCUGUUGACGCCAUCUACACCUUUCUUUUCGGUCCCAGCGGUCGGCGUGGCCUCCGCGUAUUCCAAUUCACAGCGACUGCUCUGAGUGGAAUGAUAUCUGGUCACUCUUCAGGCGACGAGGAACUGUUUACCAUUGCCGUAACCUCAAGUCUCGCAGUUCUAGACCGGCUCGUCGAGAUCAACCAGAGUGCUCAUGUCAUUGAAGGCUUCGUAACUAUUGUAGAGACCAUCUCUGCAUGCAUUCCAGAAAACUUCGCAGUACCAAACGCACAACAAAGCCUGACUCGAAUCAGACGCCGUCUUAACAUCGGAACAUCUCUGCCUUUUGCACCAGCCCAAUCGGUUGCACAAAGUCUCCCCGCUGCAGCCUUUGAGUUGAGUCAGGACCCGCCUGGGGACCUUUCCAGUAACGGCGUUCGGCACGAUAACGACCAUGCGAGUAUCGCCAGCAUACAAAUCCUUCCUACAGCUCAAGAGAUUGCCUCUUUGCGACAAGAAUAUCUUCCAUUGCUCGAUUCAACGCAACAUCACCUCUCAGGUCUCGCUGGACUCCUGGACAGACAGUUCCGACUUCUUCGUGAAGAUACAGUGGGACAACUACGAGACGCAGUGCGUGAAGAGAUUGUGAGACUGUCGCACCCAAACCGUAAGACACCGACACAUCAAGGUCAACAAGGAGUUCGGAGGCUCAUCUAUCACAACGUUCGAUUCGCCCGUAUGAGUGUAGACCGCAGAAAGGGUCUCCAAGUCGUCGCAGAGUUCGACCAACCGCCUCAACUCAACAAAAAGUCGAUGAGACAGCGAGAAGAGUGGUGGAACGCGAGUAAACUCUUGCAACUCGAUUCUCUGGUCUGCUUCGUCUCUUCGAACGGUAAAAUCAUCUUCCUCUCUGUCUGCGAUUCGAUAGCAUCCCACGGAAGAAGGGACUCCAUGAUGGACGAGAAGAAGGUGACAGACGAUGGUCCCAGCCUUUUCAAACACCCGAGUCGUGCUUCAGUGUUACUAAGCCUGGCUAAAUACGAGCCUGAAGAUGUAGUUUGGAUCGGCAAUCACAUUGCGCCUUCCAAGUCUCAACAAUCACUUGUUGAAUUCCCAGGGGUGCUCCUACCUUCUUUCGAACCAACUCUACAAGCGUUGCAGAAAAUGAGUGGGAAACUAAGCCUUCCAUUCGCGGAUAUCAUAGCACCAGAGUCACAUACUCAAGCCGUCGUUACAAAACCUCCAGCAUACACGACCAAACGGGGAUUCAGUUUCAAUCUCGAUGUUCUUUCCGGCGCACCACUGACUCUGACACCUGGACAAGCUUUUGAUUUUGGGAAGCUGGAGGAAGGGUCCACCCUUGACGAAGCCCAACAAUUCGCCGUCGUCCAAGCUCUCAGUACGGGACUAGCUCUCAUCCAAGGCCCGCCAGGCACAGGGAAAAGUUAUACUGGCGUUGCAAUCAUCAAGGCUUUACUCCGCAAUCGAAAAGCAGCCGACCUAGGUCCCAUCAUCUGCGUAUGCUACACGAAUCAUGCUCUUGAUCAGUUGUUGGAGCAUGUCGUGGAAGAUGGGGUAAGGCAAGUUGUUCGUCUGGGCUCACGGUCCAAGUCCGAGCUGCUGAAGAACCUCACUCUCAGUCGUGUAGCGGAAGGAGCCGAACCCACAAAAACGGAAAAGCAUGACAAGUGGGAGCAUAGCAAGGACAUUCGUGCCACACUACUGGAGAUUGAAGAGCUGCUGUCUGGUUUGAAUUCUCCUAAUUCCUGGACAAACAUUCAAGCCCAUCUCAUGAACACCCACAAUCGGCAUUUCAAAGAAUUGUUCGGGAAGGGGGUAGAUGAAGAAGGGUUUCAGGAAGUGAAAGGGAAAAAGUUCAGGGUUGUAGAGAGUUGGCUCAGAGGAGCGCCGAAGAAGCUCACUUCAAACCGUCCUGUCGCUGAGCUCACGGCCAUUUCCUUGAAAGAGAUGUCGGCGUCGGAACGCGGCGCUCUUCACAGGCAUUGGAUUGAGCAAAGGAGUAUGAAGCUCACCAAUGACCUUGUUCAUGCGUUGGACUCGUACCAAGGUUCUAAAUCCGCGCUGGAUAACUGUCACAGAGAGCUGGAUCUUCGAUGUCUUCGCGAAGCUCACAUCAUCGGCGUGACGACGUCCGGCCUGGCACGAAACAUAGAGUUGCUGCAGCGUGUGCGAGCAAAAGUCAUGAUCUGCGAAGAGGCUGGAGAAGUUCUAGAGGCACACACACUCACUGCGUUCCUCCCAGGAGUUGAACAUGCAAUUCUCAUCGGCGAUCACGAGCAACUCCGGCCUCAAAUAAACAACUACGAGCUCCAACAUGACAACACUCGGGGCAAGAGGUAUUCGCUCGACAUCUCGUUGUUUGAGCGUCUUGUGAAGCCGCAGACAGGAAAUCCACAGGUACCGUUGAGUACAUUGAAAAUCCAGCGACGAAUGCACCCGUCCAUCUCAGAUCUGAUCAGAGCUCCACUCUACCCAGACCUGCAAGACCAUGCCUCAGUUUCAGAAUACCCAGAAGUUGAUGGGAUGCGAGAUCGACUGUACUGGCUCGACCAUCAAGAGAAAGAAGAUGCACAGCCUACCCAAGCUGUGUCGCUAUCUAAAACCAAUACAUUUGAAGUGGAGAUGACUGCUACUCUUGUAUCACAUCUCGUGAGACAGGGGACGUAUGGAAGUGGGGAUAUCGCAGUCAUAACACCAUAUCUGGGACAAUUGCAAAAGAUCAGGAAGCGACUGGCAAAUUCCUUCGAGAUUGUUGUCGGGGAUCGAGAUCAAGAAGAGUUGGAUACUCAGGGCCUCCAAGAUGAUACUGGAGCUUCUACAGACGGCAGCGGCAAAGUCAGAGUCCAAAAAACGACAUUACUCAAUGCUCUGAGAGUCGCUACUGUGGACAACUUCCAAGGCGAAGAGGCCAAGGUCAUCAUCGUCUCCUUGGUUCGUAGCAACGAGCAGCGGAAAUGUGGGUUCUUGAAGACGUCUAACCGCAUCAACGUGCUACUGAGUCGUGCACGACAUGGCAUGUAUAUCAUCGGCAACUCUGAUACCUCGAGACCUGUUCCCAUGUGGGCGGGAGUUCUGUCCAUGUUGGAACGCUCGAACAACAUCGGUCCAAGCCUUGCACUGUGUUGCCCUCGACACAAAGAUACGCCCAUCAAUGUCUCCGUACCGGACGAUUUCGCUCGACUCGCUCCGGAAGGCGGAUGUUCAAAGAGAUGUCUGUCAGGACUAAACUGUGGACAUGCCUGUCCCAACAUGUGCCAUUCUGAGUCUUUGCACAAUGCAGUCCGUUGUCUCAAACGCUGUCCAAGGACGAAGAAAGGUUGCGAGCAUGAGUGUCCAAGACCCUGCGGAGACGCAUGCGAGUCAAAAUGUCAAGUCGUACUGUUCGACAUUCCCCUGCCGUGUGGACACAUUGCCCGUCAGCUGCCAUGUCAUCUAGCACAGAACCCAGAUGAAGUCCGUUGUCAAGUCAAGAUGGAGCAAGUCAUGCCGCAUUGCAAACACAAAAUCCGAGUUAAAUGUCACGAGCUGCCUUUGACGGUUGACCACCCAUGCUCAGCAACCUGCGGAGCAGCACUGGAUUGUGGACACAAUUGCACUCGUGCUUGCAAGGACUGCAAUACCAGAACUGACGGUAUGAUUGUAGAGACCAAACACGGAGUCUGCAACACCCCAUGUGGAAGACCGUACUCGACCUGCAGUCACAGCUGCAAAGCUCGAUGCCAUGGAGACAAGCCCUGCACGCUUUGCAAACAACCCUGCGAGGUCAGCUGCAAUCAUUCGAGAUGUAGCAAGCUAUGCAAUGAGCCUUGCGCACCAUGUGCCGAGGAUUGUUCUUGGUCUUGUCCACAUCGCGGACGGUGUCCAUUACCAUGCGCAGUACCCUGCGACCUGCUACCGUGCUCAAAGCGCUGUUCAAUGCUGUUAGCUUGCGGGCAUCAAUGUCCAUCCAUUUGUGGGGAGUUCUGUCCUGGUGUUGCCUUCUGUCAGAUUUGCGCACCUCCGACAAUCAAGGGAAUGGUCGUCGACUUCAUCAUGUCAUCCACUUUCGAAGACAUCGAUCUCGACGAGGAACCUUGCAUUGUGCCACCCUGUGGACACAUCAUUACCCUGGAGAGCAUGGACGGACACAUGAGCAUGUCGGACUUCUAUACCCAGGAUAGCGAAGGAUCCAUUGUAGGCUUGAAGCAUAGCGCCGAACCAUUCUCAGCCUCGGAGAUGAAGAAGUGUCCGACUUGUCGCGGCCCUUUACGAAACCUCAAUCGCUACAGUCGCAUCGUUCGUCGAGCGUUGAUCGACGAGGCGACAAAAAAAUUCAUCGUCUGGGCCAAUACAGAAUUCGUCCCUCUAGUCACCAGGAUGCAAGCAGUCGAGACACAGUUUCGCGAGGAUCCCACAGACGACCAGAGGAAGUUCGACAAGGUAUCCCUUGAAUUCUCUUUACCAGGGCCUCUUCAGUUGAAGGGGAGUCGGGAGAAUCAAAUCUCCCAGAUCAGUACGCUUACGCGACAAGACGAUCGGUACAAGACGAUCACCAAGCUUCGGAGAGAUGUCAAGAGAUUCUUGCAGCAGGUUGAUGAGAAGGAACAACCCUUUGGCCGCAUCUACGAUCUUGUCCAAGACGCCCGCAGGCAUCGCAAACUCGAUAUCGACUUACACUCCAAAGUCGAUAUUCUUCAGGUUCGCAAUAGGCUUCUAGCGACGGUACUGCUUAUCAGAUGCGACUACACUAUCCUUCUGGCUUUCCUCACUGAUCGGAAAGGCGAAGCCAAUCUCACCAUCCAAGUCGAUCUGAGCAUGAACAGGAAAGACUGCGAAGCACUGAUAGCAGAGUCGCAGUCCAGAAUUCAACCAGGAAAUUACGUCGAGGGCCUCCUAUACUGGGCGCGGUUCUUCGCCCUCGAGCGAAACCUCGCAGAGCCUGGAACGGAACUUACGGAGCUCUUGGAGAAGGCCAGAGAAUACCUCCGACACGCACACCUACUAUGUGAUCAAUACCCUGGCCAAACAAUAGGGAUGCGAAGCGAGGUGGAAGAAGUUGAGAAGAUGUUGCGCGAUUCGACGUUCUACAUGCCUGUCAGCAACGAGGAAAAGGCAGCUGUUUAUGCGGCUAUGGCGCGUGACUUUCGAGGCACGGGACAUUGGUAUUACUGUGAAAACGGUCAUCCGUUCACGGUUGGAGAGUGUGGGAUGCCGAUGGAGACUUCUCAAUGCCCGCAGUGUGGUUCUCCGGUUGGUGGUCAAAACCAUCGGUCUGUCGGGGGCGUUCGAUCUGCGACAGAUUUGGAGCACCAGUUCGGUGGGCUUGGGAUUUGAUCUUCGUUCUAGGAGGGCUGGGUAAACGGCGGCGUUCGAUGGCAAGAUAUAUAGUGAAGUAGUAGAAUGGCCUACCUGAAUGGAGAUACUGGUCUGGACCAAGG